UAUGUGGCCUUUUGUCGAACUCUUAAAAAUGAAACACAUUUCCGGUCCGUUGCAUGAAAUAUGUCCGUCUGAAGAGAUUUUAAAACAUUAAUCUGACGGUCAGUCAGUUUCAUGCGCUUAUUUUACUGAUAAAAAAUGUCCUCGACUCCAUCGCCGCACAACCGGAGCAGAAGCGAGGAUGAAGAUGAUCCAGUGGAUCAGAUGAUCGCCCGGACCGGCUGCGCGGAACUGCAUUACUCGCUGCAGGAGUGCAUGGCAGAGAAACAGGACUGGAGGAAAUGUCAGACUCUUGUUCAGAGGUUUAAAGAGUGCAUGUCCACCUACCAAAACACUCGCAAAGAGCAGCUACUUAAACAGAGAGCCUCAAACUCACAAUCUUCAUGAUGCAAAGAUUUCUUUACAGUAAAAUUUGAAAGGACAUCGCUGAUAUCUCAGUUUCUUUUCAAAUACGUUCAUUGUUUUGUAGCAGCACUGGUUGUUAUUGCCUAAAUUAUGUACAAUAUAUUAAAAACAUGAAUAUUUCAUAAUAUAUCAUUGGAAUUUCAAAGUACAGAUUAAUUUUCGAGCUGGGGUGUAUUAUACUUCUUUUAAAAAGCUUUGUAAAGGCCACCAUAAACUUAUCUGUCAUGAAUAAGUAGAUUAUAGGGUUAAGCAUUGGAGGAAGGGCAGAGGUCAAUGAGAGAUUAAUAAUCCUAUAGUGUUUGUUUUCACAACUGCUAUAAAGCCUAUGUCAGACAGACAUGCAUAUAAAGCUCUUUGACAGUCUUGUGAUUCUGUAUAAUGUCGCAGCUAUGCAAGUAUAUAAAAAGACAAUAAAGCAUCUGUAUUCAUCACAAA